CCGUGAUGCACACAUGAAACGACACAUUGUCCUCACUGCCCUCGCCGUCCGCAUCUGCAUCGCACUCUUGACCCAGACAUUCUUCCAACCCGACGAGUAUUUCCAGUCUCUCGAAGUAGCCCACCAACUCGUCUUCAGCUAUGGACACCUCACCUGGGAGUGGCUCUCUCCGGAGCCCAUUCGUAGCAUUUUGUAUCCGGGGCUGAAUGCACCGAUAUACUAUGCGCUCAAAAUACUACACUUGGAUGGAACAGAAUUGCUGGUAGGUGAGUAUGCUUUGACCUCGCUUUGUAUCUGUUUCAUUCACAUUUUGAACCAGAUCUGGGGACCUAAGAUCCUCCACGGUGCGCUGGCUUCCUUGACAGAUAUUUGGCUGUGCAUCCUUACGGAGAGAGUUAUUGGAGAGAGAUACGUAUCUAUCGUGUUGCUGCUCUCCUUGGCCUCGCUAUUCCAUGGCCUCGCUUUGUCUCGUUCGCUGUCAAAUUCUGCAGAGACAUCUCUGACUACUGUCGCGCUGUCUUAUUUUCCUUGGGAUACACAGUCAAGUUCCUGGAAAAGAUCGUUCAGACUAUCACUGUCAAUCGCGGCCGUGGCUUGCGCGGUCAGGCCGACAAAUGCUGUCCUUUGGGUCUACAUGGUAACUCUACUCGCCUGGGAAUGUCGCAGGGACAUCAAAGACAUCUUGUAUCUGGCGAUUAACGUUGCAUUAAUAGGGUCACUUGCUUUGACCACACUAUGCGCUCUUGACUCCCUGUAUUACGGGAAGCUCACAAUCGCACCUUUGAACUUUGCACGUACGAACCUCUCGUCUGUGUCUCUAUUUUAUGGAACAAGCCCCUGGCAUUACUAUCUGUCUCAAGGGCUGCUUGUUCUUGCCACCAUCGUGCUCCCGUUCUCAUUGCACGGGAUGCUGCUCUCGGUCGGUGCAGGUGGAACUCCGGCGUCCAAAUCGCUUGUUGGGCUAGUCCUGUGGACAAUCACCGUCUAUUCCCUCGCAGGACAUAAGGAGUGGAGAUUCAUACAUCCACUCCUACCCAUAUUGCACCUAUUUGCCACCCGCUCCAUCGUCGAUGUCUACUAUCGUAAAUUAGCCAAGAAAACUGCAACGAAGAAGCGCCACUCCAGGUCAUCGAAACUGCCAAUUUCCAGAGCUCAUUUCCUCCUUAUAUUGCUCAACAUACCCCCGUUGAUCUACCUCAUGCUCUUUCACGGCCGCGCGCAAAUAGACGUCAUCUUGUAUCUUAGAUCACUUCCCGAUGACGCAGUGAGCUCUGUGGGAUUUCUUAUGCCUUGCCAUUCCACACCAUGGCAGGCGUAUCUGCACAAGCCGACAUGGUCGGACGACCAAAGGUUAUGGGCCCUCGGUUGUGAACCGCCGCUUGGUGGUGAAAUCACCAAAGACUACAAGGACCAGGCCGAUGUGUUCUACGACUCGCCCAUGGCGUAUCUCCGCACGCGCUUCCCUCCAAGUGUGGACCACUCCUUCCCGCCCUCCCCUCACCCGUCCAGCAGGCCUGGAGAACCGCGCGAAAGAAGGGACGUGCACGAUUGGAUGCACGAAUGGCCUGAAUACCUCGUCAUGUUUGGCGUGCUCCUGCGUGAACCUGGUGUCGUGGAUUUAUUGAAGGAGAAGGGCUACGUGCCGGUUUGGCACGAGAACUACGGGUGGGAGGGCGACAGGCGGAGGCGAGGUGGUGUUCUGGUGAUGAAGGUCGCGUAGGGAGAAUUGGCUGUGUGAGACUUUUAUUUCAGGAAGUUUCUA